UGGUUGGUCAACUGCAAAGCGUCAAACUAUAUAAUGGCAACAACAAAUUGAAUUAAAUCAGUUUAUUACUUACUUCGGUCAUUAUUGUUAACACUAGUAGAGAGUAACGGGUGAAGAUGUUUAAACAAUUCGUUGCGGUGUUUUUGGUGUUUUGUUUCACGGGAUAUGUGGAGAUGCAUUCGUAUCACCUGGGGGCAUGUCCUGUUAUAGAACCUAUGUCUGGAUUUGAAAUGGACAGGAUGUUAGGUAUCUGGUACGUAAUUGAAAAAACGGGCACAGCAAGUAACUGUAUACUUUACAACAUAACCAACUCUGAUGAACCUGGUCAAUACCAAGUCGAGGAAACCAGUCAGCAUUUCUUGAUAUCGCUAACACCAAUUAAACAUGGAUAUCAUUAUAGAGGAACAUUGAAAGUAGUAGACCCAUCGGUUCCAGCAAGAAUGACUGUGAAGUUUCCAUUGAGUGUUGCUGGAUCUUCAAGCUUCACUGUGUUCAAUACUGAUUACAGCACUUACGCUGGAAUAUUCACUUGCCAAAAAUUGACUUUUGCCCACCGACAAUCGGCCACAAUUUUGUCAAGAACGAAAACACUCGAUUCUAUGUAUAUCAAUAAGUUGAGAGGAAAACUUGAAAAUGCCCAAAUCAGCCCCUACGAUCUCUCCAUCAUCUCCCAAUCGAACUGUCCCAAAGACCCUAACGCAGGCUACAACAUAAACAUCAACGACGAAACCAUUUCUGCUCACGCUGCUGCAGAGGUUAUCAGAAAAGCAGGUGGAAAAAUAGGUGAUGGAGUUGAGUACAUUUCCGAAAAAGCUAAAGAAGUUUACCAUAAAAUCUCAGACAAUACGGGAGCUGAUCAUCCCAAACCUGCUAAACAAACUCAAGAUCCAGAUGCUGAGUGGUUGCCAUAGAAGGUAGAUCUAAGAUGUGAUAUUUUUCGUUUGCAAUUAACUUGAAUUAAUUUAUAUAAUUACGUGAAUAAUUUUAUAAGACUGUGUAUUAGGAUAAAAUUAAAUAAAAUUUAAAAAUACGUAUGCA